AUUAAUGCAGGAAACAUGUCAUUAGUGACCUACGCUGUUCUUAUAUUGAUCACUAAUUCACUAUAAAACCUGCAUCUUUUCCAGUGUUGAACACACUCAUAUACAGAGUCUAAGAUGGGUUCCAAGGAAGUAGCUAAAAAGCCUCAUGUUGUUUGUGUUACACUCCCAUUUCAAAGCCAUAUAAAGGCAAUGCUCAAGCUAGCAAAACUCCUCCACCACCGAGGUUUCCAUAUAACCUUUGUCAACACAGAGUUCAACCACAAACGAUUUCUUAAAUCUCUCGGACUCAACUCCCUCGAUGGAUUGCCUGAUUUCCGGUUUGAAACCAUUCCAGAUGGCCUUCCGAGUUCGGAUGAAGAUGCAUCGCAAGACGUCAGUUUGCUUUGCGAGUCUUUGAGGAAAAACUUCUUGACUCCGUUUCAUGGGCUCCUCACAAAACUCAAGGGCUUGGCAAGUACUUCAAAUACUUGUCCUCCGGUGACUCACAUCGUUUCAGAUGGUUGGAAUGCCUAUGUCCUUACAGCAGCAGAAAAACAUCAAAUUCCUGUCACACUCUUCUUUACUAUGAGUGCAAGCAGCAUCAUGGCCUAUGCACACUUCCCCGCUUUGAUGGAAAAAGGACUCGCACCACUCAAAGAUGAGAGCUGUUUGACAAAUGGGUAUUUGGACAAGAUCAUAGAUUGGAUUCCAGGAAUGAAGGAUAUCCGGUUAAGGGAUCUCCCGACCAACUUUCAAGUCACAAAUCCUGAUGACAGCGUCUGGAACUUUGUCCUUGAAGCAAUUGAAGGACUUGGUAAAGCUGAAGCUGUUGUUCUUCAUACAUUCGAUGCGUUGGAAGAAGAUAUUGUGGAAGCUCUCUCCUCUAUGCUUCAUUCACGUGUUUAUGCCAUUGGCCCUCUCCAAUCACUCCUCAAUCGCAUACCAAAACACCCUUUGGACCCUAUUGGAUACAGUCUAUGGAAAGAAGAAACUGAGUGCCUCCAGUGGCUCAACUCCAAGGCACCAAAUUCAGUUAUUUAUGUGAACUUCGGCAGUAUAAUGAUCAUGACAUCAAAAACUCUUAUAGAGUUUGCUUGGGGACUUGCAAAUACCAAGCUUCCCUUCUUUUGGGUGAUUAGGCCUGAUUUGGUUGCUGGUGAAUCAGCCAUUUUGCCACCGGAGUUUCUGGCAGAAACCAAACAAAGAGGUCUUAUAGCAAGUUGGUGCCCACAAGAGCAAGUGCUUAACCACCCAGCAGUUGGAGGGUUUCUAACACACAGCGGUUGGAAUUCAAUCAUUGAGAGUGUGUGUGCAGGAGUGCCUAUGCUCUGUUGGCCAUUCUUCUCGGACCAACAAACAAAUACUUGGUCUGUUUGCAAGAAAUGGGGCAUUGGCAUUGAGAUCAUCAGUAAUGAUGUGAAGAGAGACGAAGUAGAGAAGCUUGUUAAAGAGUUGAUGGAAGGAAGGAGGGGUAAGAGAAUGAGAAACAAGGCCAUGGAGUGGAAGAAACUUGCAGAAGAAGCCACUGGUUCACAUGGUUCUUCAUCCACAAACUUGGACAACUUGGUGAAUCAAGUCCUACUAUGAGAAGAAGCUAGGAGUUUACACCUGAUCGCGGUCAAUAAAACUAGCGCACCAUUAUACCAAUUGAUUAAGAUUGUUAUGUACCUGUACCAAUUGAUUAAGAUUGUUAUGUACCUACUCUUUGGUAUUAUUUUUAUUGAAAAGUCAAACAUUAUAAUAACCUGCGGAUAACACAUA